AUGAAAGACUACAACUGGUCAGAAGACACAUUCAAUGACAUUGACUGGACCGCACAUGGAAGAGCUUUGCGAAGACACGAUAAUCAUCGUCCAACAAUGGUCAAAUACCUCAACAAAGUCCUACCUGUCGGAGCAUUCCUCCAUAAAACAAACCCCAAGUAUUAUGCAGGAUGCCCAUCAUGCAACAACCCUUCAGAAACAAGGCACCAUCUGAUGGAAUGCAGCAGCCCUGAAAGAAUCAAAUGGCGCGAGAAAUGCUACAGUGCAGUCCUAGCAUAUGUCCAGAAAAAGGACACCUCUCCAAAAAUCCAGGGGCUUCUCCUAUCAGGCCUCAAAGUAUGUUUACAUCACCAAAACCCAACAACAAUCCAAGAAGAUCCUUCAUGGGACACACUGAAACAAGCACAAGAUGCCAUUGGAUGGCAUCAUCUGUUAAAGGGGAGAAUCUCUAAACAAUUCAGUCAGGAACAAGACCGAUAUUUGAACAUGAAAAAGACCGCAACCAAACGCAACAAUGGACUCACAUGGCUCACUGGACUCAUUGACAUUAUCUAUAAAGAAUGGUGGAAACUCUGGGACAUGCGCAACCAAGACAGACAUGGGCACGACAUGAGAACCAAGUCACAAGCAAAGAAAGCACAAGCAAUCCGACAACUCACUCAGUUCUACGAAGCAUACCAGCAAGAAGUCCCUGAACAUUUGGAAUGGCUAUUCCAGAUACCACUCGAAUCGCGCAUGCAACUGAAUACACCAGUCAUCAUUCAAUUUUUGAACACAUGGGAACCUGUGUUACAAGAGAGUCACUACACCACAGCCCUGGAAACAGGAUAG